CAACUUUGUAAAAUCUCUCAUCUUCCCCUCCUUUAUUAAGCAUCAAAACACGAAUGUUGUGUGAGUAAUUCUGUUGAAAAGUUUUGAUUAUUUAUUUUCGGUGUCUUGAUUAAAAAUAUAUUUAGGAUUGCAUGUAAUGGGGUGUACCCUUCUUAGACAUUUAUUACCUGAAGUUACUUUUUGGCUUCCCACUAAAUGGGAGUUCGAGCCUAACACUUUUCAGCAUUUAAGUUUCAGUUCCCGCCAUAAAAUCUCUCUUUAUAAUUCUUAUAUUUAAAUAAAUUUUAAAUAUAACGUAAACGCGUAAACCUACAGAGCUUUCUACAUAUUUGUCGUGUCUUUAUUUCUGUGAUAUCUUCUGUUUGGAUCUACAAAUCUCAUUUGCAUUUGCUUCUUUUCUGUAAAAAGAAAUUACGAAAACUUUAAUUUCACCAACAUCUUUCUACUUUUAUACUCAUACCCAUUAAAUAUGGCCACUCCUAUUUUCGAGAAAAGCAAGUUAAUUAGUAGUUUUGGAGUUCGAAUAUUAGUUAAACGUAGUGUGAAUUGUGUGAAUGGAAAAUCACAGUUUUCACUUGAAAAUGGAAAUUCAUCUAUGUAUGGCAAAUCUGCUCCUCUGCAUCAUGGAACUGAAUUCAACCCUGCCCCUAAAGUGCGGACAAGAACUGUGCAAUCAUUCUAUAAUCAAUCGGCAAUCGACAUAGCUGCAGCUAAACCAUCUGUUCGUUUGACACCUGCAACAAUUCUUUACUCUGGAAAAAGUCCUGAUGGGAGUCAUAUACUUAGAAGUGCUCAAUAUCUGCAUAAAGAGCUACCUGUUCGAAUUGCUCACAGAGUUGCUGGUUUCCGCAGCCUUCCUUUUAUAGUUGGAUGCAAUCCUACAAUUCUUUUAGUUCAUGAAUUGUACAUCCGGGCAUUUUACAUGUUGAAUGAAUAUCCUCAGAUAACUGAUUUUGAAACAGAAAAAGGUUACUGUGAGCUGCUGCAAGGUCUACUUGAUGAUCACAAAGAUGUUGUUACUCAGCUUGCUUCUGGUUUCAGGGAAUGUCGUAAGCAUAUAAAGAAUGAAGAACUUGUACGAAACUUUUUGGACAGAACUUUAACUUCAAGGCUUGGACUUAGAAUGCUAGCAGAGCAUCAUCUUGGGCUUCACAAAGAAAAUAUGAGCGAGAACGCAAAUUAUGUUGGAAUUAUCAAUGUUUCCAUGAAGUUAAAAGACUUGAUAGAAAAAUGGGCAGACUUUGUACGGCAAACAGCUCUUCAUAAAUAUGGAAAAUCACCAGCAAUCAAGUUAAAUGGUCACAUUAAUGCUAUAUUUCCAUAUAUUCAAGCUCCACUUGAUUAUAUAAUUCCUGAACUUUUGAAAAAUGCUGUCAGGGCAACUAUUGAAAGCCAUCUCGAUGCUUCUGAAGAUAGUCUUCCACCUGUUACCAUUACAAUUGCCAACAAUGAUGUUGAUUUUAUCAUCAGAAUCUCGGACAGAGGAUGUGGAAUCCCUCAUCAGCUUCUCCCUCACAUUAUGGAAUACCAUUUUACCACUGCGGGAUCUAGCACUGAUCAUCGUUUAGAUGGAGGACUCUUGGGCCAAAUUAUGAAUGAACCAAAUGAUGGUCCUGCAUCUGGACCCAUGCAUGGUUUUGGAUUUGGUCUACCUACAUCUCGAGCUUAUGCUGAAUAUCUUGGAGGUUCUUUGACCUUAGAAACAAUGCAAGGAAUUGGAACAGAUGCGUAUCUGAGAUUACGCCACAUUGAUGGCAAAUUUGAGAGCUUCCGAAUUUGAAUGUAACUGCUCUUUGUGAUACAUAAACUUUUCAUUUUUACGAUCUGAUUUUUAAAAAAAUUUUUGUACCUAUGCAAUUUUUGCCCAACAACGUAUAAAAGUCUUUUCUUAACAUUUAAAUAAUGACUUUCUUUGUCUUUGAUUUUAGAAUCUCAGAAUUUUAGUUUUGUGUAAAUAAUGGAUUAUAAAGCAGUUUUAAAGCAUUAAAAAAUUUUUCUCCUAGAGUUUGUUUUUCAAUAUUUAUUUUGCUUGUAGAUUUCAGUAUAUGUAUCCUUUGCAUUUUUAUUAUUAUUUUUAAGGUUUUGUUAAGCAUGAUGCAAUAACUAAAGAGACUUUAAGUAUUGUAGUAAAUUAAGAACAGCAAUUUCCAAACGGAAGUCGUAUUGUGUAUCAAAUAUUCAUUUAUAAAGUUAAAUUCACCUAUAAAAUUCCGUUCGAUUGCAAAAAAUUACUUGAUAUAAAUGUGGAAUUAAAAGUUUUUAUAGCAUUUUUCUUCUGCUAAGUUAUUUUUAUCUUGAUGAUUUUUCAUCUUUUUUGUAAUAAUAUGUAUAUGUUUUAAUAUACUUAAUAACUUUGUAUAAAAUAUAUAGUGCUCGUUUUACUAGCAGGUUUUGUGCACAAAAAAGGCAUGAGUAUUUUUUAAUUUUUAUGCUAUAUGACAAUGUUUCCUAAUUUAUUUUAAUUUGCUACUUUUUUAUAACAUUAUGUAAUCAGUGCAGGGUUGGAUUUUGGACUGUCCAAAACUAGUUUAGGACAGGACAGGUGAUUUUUACUGUCUAAAACUGUCCGAAAGUAUGCUAACACUAAAGGAGUGUAACCUAAUCAAUUUGUCUUUACUGCAAAAUUUGUAAUGCAGAAUUAUAAAUAUAAUUAAGCUUUAAUAAAUGAGUAUUUGUAAAUAUUUUUCGCUGAAAUGCUCAUUCAAAAAACAUUUUACUUAAAAAAAAUGCCAACAACUCUAUUACAUAAAAACUUCCUCAUGCAACAAUUGGUAUUGUCCGUUUUUCAGGAGAAGGCACUUGAUUCCUUCCUCGUCACGUGAUAUUCGAUGAUUCUAUUUCGCUGUUUUCGGCAGAAAGUAAAAGCAGCAGUUUGAAAAAUGUAAGAAUAAUUAAAAUGACAACAAACAAGUGAAGCAAGUGAUGUAAAGGACACUAAGACUUUUUUGCACAUUAAAAUGCACCCCCAAGUUAAGGAUGUCUGGUUUUGUCUCCUUUAGAAGUGGGAGGAUUGCUUACCCAUCACCCCCAUGUAAAAUGGAACUCUGCAUUCGAGGAGGCCUGGCAAAGUGCCUUCUCAUAAAAAACGGACAAUAGAGUUAUAAAAGGGAAUUCACAACACUACCAAGACAACUGAUUUCAGUUCCAUUCGUAACUUAAAGGAAUGUCAUUUAAAUGUGCAAUAUUUAGGUGUAGCAAAAAAAAAGUUUAAAUUUUUAAAUUAUUUUUGCAUAUAAGUUUUGCAUGAUGUUUUAAUGAAAAUUCUUUUUUUAAUCAUAGAUUAAAGAACAAUAAAUUAAUGAUUAAAUGUAUGCACUUACGUUUUAAAACUUGUGUAAUUUUUUUUAAAUUCAUAUUUUUAAUACAAUACAUUCUGUAACUACAAUAAACAAAAACUAUAGUAGCUUGAAAAUUUUUAGAAACAAAUUAUUGGCAUUUUUCUAAAGCAGUUAGGUGGUAAUUUAGUUUUAGAUCAUGGAAAGCGGUGUCAGGGCCGGAUUUAGGGGAAGGCAGGCGGGGCUACUGCCCCGUGGCCUCCACAACAAAGGGGCCUGCACAAUAAAAUUUUUACAAAAGAUCCUAGCUUUCACGGGUCGAAAAUAUCGGAUAUAUACAUAUAUAUAUCAAUAUAUUUGGAUAUACAGUACAAGACCAUUAUAACGCACACCUUGGGACCAGAGCUUUUGCGUUAUAAAGGUUUUUGCGUUAUAAAGAUCAUUCCACAAAUUUUGAAACUAAUUUUCAGAACAUGUCUCUAUAUUAGCACUUCAGAAUGAGUUUUAUCUGCAAUGAGUAUUAAAGCACCCACAUUAAAAUUAGUUAUUCACAAAUAAAUAUGUUUCACAAUCAAAAGAAAGUGCAUUAUCCUGCACUUCUGUUAGCUUCUUGGUUUGCAUAACAGCUGCAUUUGCAAGAGCCAUCUGGUAUUUUCUGUUUACUGUAAGGGGGGGGGGUACUAAUUUCCAUUUAAAAGCUUUGGAUUAAGAUGGAAAAAUGAAAAACUGUUUCAAAAUAACAAUUUUUAUGUUUGCAUAACAAAACAGAGAUAUUUUUUAAACUUCAAAACCUAUUGUUUACUUCUGGAAAGUUGUACAGUUUAUAGAGAAUAGUGUUAUAUAGGUCAGUGUUAUAAUGGUUUUCUAUUGUAUAUCAAAGUAUAGGAUAUUUUCGAAAAUAUGAUGAUCUUUUCGAACCCUGAUUAGGCUCCUCCACUCCUUCAUUUGCCCCGGGGCCUCCACACUUCCAAAUCCGGCCCUGAGCGGUGUAAGUCACAAAAUGCUGCUUUUCAUAUCUCAGUAAAUAUUGAUCGUACUAGUUUCGAACUUUUUGUGUUGGAAUUAUUUUUCAAUGGAGAUUAUUGCGCUAAAUGUAAGUUAGGGGACAUAAGGCCCGUAUAAAAAUUUAAAUUUUGUAUUUUUCGCCUCAUUUUUGUUUUCACUUACUUCAAACUUUCAAUAUCUUAACUCUGCAUCUGAUUUUGAAAUUUUUUGCAAUUGGAAGUAUAUAUCUAGGACUAACAGUUGCGAAAAUAAAGGUCUUGCAUGUUAAAACGGAACACCCUGUAUGUAUAUAGGGGAAGGUUGCCAUCAAUGAACCAGUUCUAUGACUGGACUUCGAAGGUAUUUUCCCCAACAAGAUUUUUCCUAGGCACGAAAUCAGUUUUAGUGUCCUCCAUUGUCUCAAAACUGACCAAUGCAGAAUUGUCACGAGCUUGAAUCAAUACAUCACAUUGUUAAACGUCCAAAUAAAAUUUUUACCGUUCACUUACUAAUAAUUGACAUUUACACUUUAUUUUUACAUGCUUUGAAUAUUACUGAAAAACUAAAUGGGAACAUUGACUUGAAAGAAUGUAUUUUCAAGUACAAUUCCCAAUAUUUAAAGUUUCAUCUCAAAUCGUCACAGCAGUGAGAACUAUGAGAACAUUCAAAAUGACGCAGUUGCUAUCAUUGAACUGCUAGGUGUUUCUAUGAUGAACCAGCUAAAAAAUUGGUUUAUUCAUGGAAUCUUAUGAAUAUUAUUCAGGUUUCAGCUCAAAUAUCUUUAAUACAGGGGUGAUUGUGUUCCGGUAUUUUACCAAAUUUCCCGUAUUUUCGGACGUAUUUCCGGUAUUUUUAUGUCUGAAAAUACCGGAAUUAUGUUUUUUUUUGUUAUGCUUUUAUCUCCCUACCUCCGCAGUAUUUUAAAAAUUGUAUAAUACUCAUCAAAUAUACCUGCAAGAGCCUUAAAAUGGACACCUAUCCCUUAAGAUGGACAAAUGUCAAGAUAAUUUUGCAUAACCCCAGCUCAAAAGUAACUUUGUAACCCAUUAAAAUUUUAAUCAAAUGUAUACACACUAUUUUGACUCUGACUAUUGAACUAUUUAAUACUAUGGCAUAGGUGCACUUAAGUAAUAGGGGCCAAAGAUUACCCCCCGCCCCCCUCCUGUUCUCGCUUUGAAACUUUCAUGUAUUUUUUGAUGAACUCACAAUCACCCCUGUUAAUAAUUGAUCAAUUUUUUAAAGUAAGUGAUAAUGAUGAAAAAAUAUUUUAAAAAUAAGUUUUGGAAACUCCCCUCAGCUAUUAUAUUUUCAACUUGAAAACUUGUGUAGUCAAUUCAGUAUUUGUGAAAGUAAAUUUUAAUACAGUUUCAAGUACGUUUGUUGUUCACGAAAAAUACCAAAGUAAGUGAAAUAAAGCCAGUGGAUAACGAUGGGCAUGCAACGUGCUAUAGCAAAAACCUUGUUGUCAAUAUAAAUCUUUGUAAAUCAAGAUUUUUGAACUUGGAUGAUUUGUUCAAAUGAAAUUGUUUCCCUCAUGAAGUUUUAGCUCAGAAGAGAAAGUCACAUGUUAGAAAAUAUGAAGUGGUGAGCAAAGUGUGGUGAAAAGAGCUGUGUUGUGUGAGUCCAGAGGGGUUUUUAUGUUUCUCCUAUGAUAAAAAAUAAUUUAAAAAAAGAAAAAUAAUUUUCUCUUUUUGAAUAACUUAUUAUUAUUUGUAGUGUUUGUUCAUCUCCUGUAAUAAUUAUUUAUAUUUUCCGGUUUGAUUUUCUUAUUUGAAAAUGUGGUCCAUCCAUAGCAACUGGUUCCCAUGAAUGGACCACAUUCUAAAAUAUUUCUUUUCAAUUUUUAUUCUUUAUUGAAUACAGUUAACAUAAAAGCGAAUAUUUUUCUUAAGGGAGAAAUAAGCUGAGUAAUUAUUCCUGUCGUCAAUAUAAAGUUUGAGUCUGAACUACUUCCUAAAAAAAGUCAAAAGUGUUAUGUGGUUCAUUGAGGGCAACCUUCCCCUAUAUAUGUAUGCAAAUUGAAAAUUUUAAUGAAGAAUUCAACUUCUAUGUAGCUAGAUUGGAAUCAGCUGUUUAAAUAAGUUACACAUAUAUUUAUACUGGAAUGUUCACAUUGAAUAAAUAUUCAAUGUAAAACAUAACUUUGUAUUUUGUUCUGUUUUUGAUAUUUUCUCACAAAAUAGUUUCUCUAAAAAUGUAGUUUUGGACACUUUUGGACAGGAUGGUAAAAACCAUUGUAUUUAUCGUGGUUUUUACUGUAGUGUCCAAAACCUUGCCAACCCUGAAUCAGUGACUAUUGAAAGAUAUAAAAAUAUUGUAUAUGUAUUUUAUUGGACAUUCUUAUCUCCAUGACAUUUUAACAAGUUUUUCACUACAGCCAUUACAAAACCUAUGAAAAGAAAACCCCAUGUUAAGCUAACUUACACUGUGUACUGACACGACUUAAAAAGUCCAGUAAAAGAAAUUUUUCGAUAUGCAGUUAAUCUGCAGCAAGACGCAUUGGUGCUUUUUAAAUUCUCCCGGUUCAUAUCAGGUUACGAAAAACUAGGUAGCAGCACGGCCAAGUUUUGUAUGCCAAAAGUUUACAGAAUAAUUUAGCCACUGACUGUUUUGUUUGAAUAGCCAACAAAUUGAACUGUCACAUCAAAAGUUAAAACUUAUUGAAACAGAAAGAGUAGUUCUCAUCAUAAAUAAGAUUUCAAACGAUUUUUUUUUUCGCUCUUCUAUAAAUACCAUGCUACAAAGAAUUAAUUCCAAGAUUAUAGUACUACUGUUAAAAAAAAUUUUUGGUUAGUGACUUGCUUAAUGGUUACGCGUAAAAUAACAUUCAAAAGCUAAAAAAUGGGUUUUUUCUUAUAUCAGAUUUCUGUUUCAUUUGCUUUAAACAUGGAAAGUUUGACUGUAAACCAACAGAAACUAAAACGUUUUUUUACUGACGCAAUUCUUACUUUGAGUACAGUUGCUCACAUAUGUUUUAGGAAUGAUGUUUACAAGAUUGUUUGAAGUCAUAAUUAUUAUUUCAACUUGCAAAGAAAUCCUUCAUGACUUCUUUUGGAGUUGUCAUAUACAAGCAGAGUUUAAUCAUGACAAAUUUUCAUCAGCUAUUGUGCCUUAACUUUAUAUUACCUGCAUCAAUAUUUUAUAUUUUGCUGUAUUUAUUUGUCUGCAUUAGAAUUUAGAGUUUUAUCAUUGGUGCAGUUUGUAAUGUGUAUUUUAUUUUAUAUAUUGAAUCUCUCUGUUAAAUGUGACAUGAAAAUUUUGUGCUUAAAUAAAUUUGUAGUUCUGAAACAUGUAAGCAAAAUUUAAAACAUUUGAAAAUUUUUGUGUUUGAUUUGAAGUGUAAUGAUCAAAGUUUUGAAAUCUCAUGCUAAUAAAUUGUAUUUUGUGAUGGUUUA